AUGCCGACAGCGGUAGAUGAGCGGACACCAUUACUGGGGGCCGCCAGGCGCCCGAUCUCGCCCGCGGGGGCGGCGGCGGCUCCAGUGCCGACGGCGGCGUCGACGACAGAAGCCGUGACGACGACGCCAGCGCCAGCGCCAGCGACCUCGAGCUCCCUCUUCCCGCCCCUCGCGCGCGUCCUCGCCGCGUCGGUGCUCAUCAGCCUCACCUUCUCCGUGACGCAGACGGCGCUCGUGUACUCUUUCCGCACGAUGACAUGCGACGAGUACUACCGUACCCGGGAGUGGCACGGCGUCGGGGACCGGUGUGCCGUGCGCGCGAUCGAGGCGCGCACCGCGGAGCGUGUGGCGCUCAUGUCGGGGCUGACAACUGCGGCGUCCAUCGUCAACCUCUUCACAUCCGCCUGGUUCAUCCAGCGGUACGGCGUCAAAGCGGCCAUGUUCCAGCAGACCAUCUGGGCGGCGCUGCGCAACCUCACGCAGAUCUACGCGCAGACCGUGGGCGGGAAACUCGGCAUGGACAUUAUCACCACGACACAGCUGUUCAACGUGCUCGGGAGCGCGGGCGGGUACCAGCUCUGCGCCAACUCGUACGUCGCCAUCCUGAGCUCUGACGAGGCGCGCACGGCCAACUUUGGCGUGCUGGGCGGCAUCAUGAUGCUGGGCUCGGGGCUGGGAUACUCGUUUGGCGGGCUCGCCGAGCGGUGGUUCGGCUACCUCGCGCCGUUCCAGCUGGCCUUUGUGCUGCUGGUGAGCUGCACCCUGUUUGGCAUGUUCUUCCUGCCAUACGUCGCGCCCAGCGCAGACGCGACAAAGGAGCGCAAGGGUGGCUUCCUUACCCCGCUCAAGACGUUCGUGCCCCGCAUGAUCGUGUCGCCGUCAGGCCGUACACGCAAGUCGUACAACCUCACGUUCCUCGGCGUCGGCACCUUCUGCUCCGUCCUCGCGACGGGCUACGUGCCCCUUGCGCUCCAGCUCGUUGGGACCAACCUCUUUGGCUUUACGCCAGACACGUCGGGCUACAUGAUGACGCUGACGCUUGGCGUGCGGGCCUUCUUCCUGGCGCUGUGCUUUCCAAAGAUCAUCUCGGUCGGGCGGCGGUGGUUCAGCGGCGCGGCGCCAGCAUCGCCAUCGACGCCGGGCUCGCCCAAGCCCCAGCCUGUGGUCCACCCCGAGGACGCGGACCAGGCCGAGGUCGCCGACGCGGCGGGGCAGCCCGUGUCCGACUCGGCGCCAGCGCUGACAGACACGGCGCACGGCGCGGCGUUCGACCUCGUCUUCCUGCGCUACUCGAUCCUGCUCGACGGGAUCCUCACGGGCGCCACGACGUUCCUCACGGCGGGAUGGCACGUGUACCUCGCCGCAAGCGUGUUGCCCUUUGCGAGUGGCACUGGGUCCGCGGCAAAGGGCGUGGUCAUGGAGCUCGUGCGGCCGGAAGAGCGCGCAGACGCGCUCAGCGCCAUCGCCCUCGUGGAGCGCUUGGCGCAGGUCACGACCAUCGGGCUGUUUGGGUACGUCUUUGCGUACUUUACGGACAUUGGGCUGCCAACGCUCGUGUUUGCCGCGGACGCGGCGAUUGCGAUUCUGGCGUUUGUCAUCCUGCUACCGGUGACGAUGCGGUCGCCAGCGAGGACUGAAGCAGCAUAG